CAGUGGCAAAGGACUUCCUCAGUCUACAAUUUCUUUUGAUGGCAUCUAUGCGAAUAUGAGGAUGGUUCAUAUACUUACAUCAGUUGUUGGAUCCAAAUGUGAAGUUCAAGUGAAAAAUGGAGGUGUAUAUGAAGGAGUUUUUAAAACAUAUAGUCCUAAGUGUGAUUUAGUGCUCGAUGCUGCUCAUAAGAAAACCACAGAUUCCAGCCCUGGGCCAAAGCGUGAAGAUAUCGUGGAGAGGAUUUUGUUCAAGUGUUCAGACUUUGUAGUGGUACAGUUCAAAGACAUGGAUUCCAAUUAUGCCAGAAGAGAUGCUUUUACUGAUUCAGCUAUCAGUGCUAAAGUAAAUGGCGAACACAAAGAGAAGGACCUUGAACCAUGGGAUGGAGGUGAAACUGCUACUACUGAAGAGUUUGAGGCUUUAGAGACUGAUGUUUCUAAUGGAUGGGAUCCCAAUGAUAUGUUUCGAUAUAAUGAAGAAAAUUACGGUGUAGUUUCCACCUAUGAUAGCAGUUUGUCAUCAUAUACGGUACCAUUAGAAAGAGAUAACUCGGAAGAAUUUUUAAAACGGGAAGCACGAGCAAACCAGUUAGCUGAAGAAAUUGAAUCAAGUGCUCAAUACAAAGCUCGGGUAGCCCUUGAAAAUGAUGAUAGAAGCGAAGAAGAAAAAUAUACUGCUGUUCAGAGAAAUGCCAGUGACCGUGAGGGGCACAGCAUCAACACUAGAGAAAGCAAGUACAUUCCACCUGGACAAAGAACCCGAGAUGUCAUGACUUGGGGAAGUGGUAGACAAAAUUCACCAAGGAUGGGCCAGCCUGCAUCUGGUCCCACCCCAUCCAGAUCUGGAUCUCAUACUUCAGAGUUUAACCUGAAUUCUGCAGCAGACCAAAGAGUCGUUAAUGGAGGUGUUCCCUGGCCAUCGCCUUGCCCAUCUCCUUCCUCUCGCCCACCUUCUCGCUACCAGUCAGGUCCCAACUCUCUUCCACCUCGGGCAGCCACCCCUACAAGGCCGCCCUCCAGGCCCCCCUCGAGGCCAUCCAGACCCCCGUCUCACCCCUCUGCUCAUGGUUCUCCAGCUCCUGUCUCUACUAUGCCUAAACGCAUGUCUUCAGAAGGACCGCCAAGGAUGUCGCCAAAGGCCCAAAGACACCCUCGUGGUCACCGAGUUUCUACUGGGAGGGGCUCAAUCUCCAGUGGUUUAGAAUUUGUUUCCCAUAAUGCACCAGGCGAAGUAUCUGCUCCUCCUGUAGCACGGAGUAGCCCCUCAGGAGGAACAUGGUCAUCAGUGGUCAGUGGGGUUCCAAGAUUAUCUCCGAAAACACACAGACCGAGGUCUCCAAGGCAAAACAAUAUUGCAAAUACUCCUCCUGGUCCAAUUCUCUCUUCUCCCCAAGCUGGGACUGUGCCCACAGAAUCUGUUGCUGUGCCUGUGCCAGCUGCAUCUCCUACACCUGCCAAUCUUGCUUCCAACCGAGCAGUUACCCCAUCUAGUGACGCUAAAGAUUCUAGGCUUCAAGAUCAGAGGCAAAAUUCACCAGCUGGAAACAAAGAAAAUAUUAAGCCGAGUGAGACCUCCCCAAGCUUUGUAAAAGCAGAAAAUAAAGGUAUAUCACCCAUUGUUUCAGAACAUAGAAAACAAAUUGACGAUUUAAAGAAAUUUAAGAAUGAUUUUAGGUUACAGCCAAGUUCCACCCCUGACAAUGUGGAUCACCUGCUCAACAAAAACAGAGAAGGAGAAAAGUCGAGAGAUAUGAUCAAAGACCAGCCUGAACCCAGCUCUAAGGACAUUCUCCUGGAGAAUAUCAGUGCUGGCUGCCCAAGCAGCAGCAGCAAGCCAAGCAGCCCUUGCAUUUCUCCAUCAGCCAGUGGGAGCUCCGACCAGAAGAGAGGUCCGGAGGUCACUUCCCAAGGUGUGCAGACUGCCAGUCCGGGGAAUAAACACGAGAAGGAGGAUCAAGAAGACAAAAAAGAUGCAGCCGAGCAAGUUAGGAAAUCUACAUUGAAUCCCAAUGCCAAGGAGUUCAAUCCACGUUCUUUUGCUCAGCCAAAGCCUUCAACAACUCCUACUUCCCCUCGUCCUCAAGCUCAGCCAAGCCCUUCUAUGGUGGGUCAUCAGCAGCCAACUCCAGUAUAUACUCAGCCAGUUUGUUUUGCACCAAAUAUGAUGUACCCAGUUCCAGUGAGCCCAGGCGUGCAGCCUCUGUAUCCUAUACCUAUGACGCCUAUGCCAGUGAACCAAGCCAAGACAUAUAGAGCAGGUAAAGUACCAAAUAUGCCCCAACAGCGGCAAGAUCAGCACCCCCAGAACACCCUGAUGCACCCUGCCUCAGCUGCAGGCCCGCCCAUCGUGGCCACACCGCCAGCCUACUCAGCACAAUAUGUGGCCUACAGCCCUCAGCAAUUUCCCAAUCAGCCUCUUGUUCAGCAUGUGCCACAUUAUCAAUCUCAGCAUCCUCAUGUCUAUAGUCCUGUGAUACAGGGUAAUACUAGAAUGAUGGCCCCGCCAACCCAUGCCCAGCCUGGUUUAGUAUCCUCCUCAGCAGCUCAGUAUGGUGCUCAUGAGCAGACACAUGCGAUGUAUGCAUGUCCCAAAUUACCAUACAACAAGGAGACAGGCCCUUCUUUCUACUUUGCCAUUUCUACUGGUUCCCUUGCUCAGCAGUAUGCUCAUCCUAAUGCUACCCUGCACCCACAUACUCCACAUCCUCAGCCUUCUGCCACCCCUACUGGACAACAACAGAACCAACAUUCGGGAAGCCACACUGCACCUAGCCCUGUGCAGCACCAUCAGCACCAAGCUGCGCAGGCCCUUCAUCUGGCAAACCCCCAGCAGCAGCCGGCCAUUUACCAUGCCGGUCUGGCACCGACCCCACCUUCUAUGACACCGGGCUCAAAUACACAAUCUCCACAAAAUAGUUUCCCAGCAGCACAACAAACAGUCUUUACGAUUCACCCCUCUCAUGUCCAGCCUGCAUAUACCAACCCACCCCACAUGGCCCACGUACCUCAGGCUCAUGUACAGUCAGGAAUGGUUCCUUCUCAUCCAACUGCUCAUGCUCCAAUGAUGCUAAUGACGACCCAGCCACCUGGCGGUCCCCAGGCCGCCAUCGCUCAAAGUGCACUACAGCCCAUUCCAGUCUCGACAACAGCGCAUUUCCCUUAUAUGACGCACCCUUCAGUACAAGCCCACCACCAACAGCAGUUGUAAGGCUGCCCUGGAGGAAGCAAAAGGCCAAAUUCCCUCCUCCCUUCUACUGCUUCUACCAACUGGAAGCACAGAAAACUAGAAUUUCAUUUCAUUUUUUUUUAAAAAAAAAAAUUGAUUUCUCGUAACAUCCAAUAGGAAUGCUAACAGUUCACCUUGCAGUGGAAGACAUUUGGACUGAGUAGAGGCAUGUAGGCCCUUGCGGGUAUCCCGUAAUUCCAUGCAAGUGCCCCAACUCUGCUUGCUGAAAACUGGAAGUUAUUUAUUUUCUAAUGACCCUUCAAAGUCAUGAACUCAUCAGCUAGCAAAAGAAGUAACGAGUGAUUCUUGCUGCUAUUACCGCUAAAAAUCAAGACUUGGAAAGCCCCUUUUACUAAACUUGAAAAAGGUUCAGUAAAUUCUUAUCGUCAAACUGAUGGAUUAUUAUUUAUAAAUCAAGUUUGAUGAGGUGAUCACUGUCAACAGGCAGUGGUGCUACUUUUAAGUUAAGGGAAAACACUUUUACUUUGUAGAUAAUAUAAAAUAAAAACUAAAAAAAAAUUUAAAAAUAAAAAAGUUUUAAAAACUGAUACAA